CUAUGUAACAAAAAAGUCACGCGUGGUGAGAGAUAUUCAAGAAUCAAGAGUAUAAAAAUAGAUCCUUUGCAGGUUCUGCGUUCUUGCUUACUACUUCACUCCGUCAUUUUUUUAACUCUUUUUGUCUUCACAAGGCGUAUUUUAGAUAGAAUCAUUCUCCCAUAAAGAGAGACAGAGACAAGAAGAAGAAGAAGAAGAAAAGUAUUGGUCUUUACUCUUUACUUCACUUUGUCAUCUCCCUUCUGUAAGAACUGUUACGACGGAGACUGUUCAUACUCUCUGUUCUCGUGUUUCUUAUGACACAUUAGAUUUGUAUUUAGGGUUCUGUCUUGUCGAUAAUGCCUAGAGAGAGUGUGUAAUAGAUUCUUUAUUAAAUACUCUGUUUUUUAUCACGAUGCAAAGAGUACACAACAAACCAGCUGAUCCCAUAGGAAGAUCUCCGUCGGCCACCGUUAAGCAUCAUUUAAUAAAACAGAGCAACGGCGAAGUGGCAGCAGCGGCGACCGAGAUGCAGGAACCGAGCAUCGAUACCGAUAAGCUCAGCUACGAGAUUUUCUCCAUUCUUGAAAGCAAGUUCCUUUUCGGGUACAAUGAUGACCCCCCGAAGCUCAUGAGCCCAGAGGAGGAAACGUCACCACCGACGGUUAUGAACGGCGUCGUUUCGGGGUCAGUCAAGAACCAGAGAGGUAAAGUCUGUGUUUUGAGCAUCGACGGCGGCGGCGGGAUGAGAGGGAUAAUACCCGGGAAGGCUCUGGCUUAUCUGGAGCAAGCGUUGAAAACGAAGUCGGGUGACCCGAACGCCAGAAUCGCCGACUACUUCGACGUCGCUUCCGGUUCAGGCAUCGGUGGGGUUUUCACGGCGAUGCUUUUCGCUUCGAGCGACGGUGACCGUCCGAUCUUUAACGCGGAUGACACGUGGAGGUUCCUAGUGAAUAACGGGAAGAGAUUAUAUAAACCAACGUCUGGAACCGGGAGGAUACUAAACCGGGUGAUGAAAACCGGGUCGGGUGGUUCCAAGAAGCUAGAGAAAUCGAUGGAGUCGUUCGCUGAGCUGACGCUCAAGGACACGCUUAAACCGGUUCUGAUUCCUUGCUACGACCUCACGAGCUCCGCGCCGUUCCUUUUCUCGCGCGCCGACGCAUUGGAAAAGGACGGCUACGAUUUCAAGCUGCGGGAGGUUUGUAGAGCCACGUGGGCCGAGCCGGGAGUGUUCGAGCCUGUGGAGAUGAGAUCGGUGGAUGGUAAAACACGGUGCGUUGCGGUCGAUGGUGGAUUGGCGAUGAGUAAUCCUACGGCUGCUGCGAUCACUCACGUGCUGCAUAACAAGGAAGAGUUUCCGUUCGUUAGAGGCGUUGAAGAUCUGCUUGUGUUGUCUCUUGGUACGGGACAGUUGGUGGAUGUUAAGUAUGAAUGUGAUAAGGUUAUGAAGUGGAAGGCUAAGCAAUGGGCUCGACCCGCGGUUCGGAUAUCUGCUGACAGUGCAGCUGAUACCGUGGACCAGGCGGUUUCCAUGGCGUUUGGUCAGUGGAGGAGGAGUAACUAUGUCCGUAUUCAGGCGGAUGGGUCAAGCUUUGGUCCGUGUAGACCAAAUAUAGACAUGGACGCUAGUUCAAGCAAUGUGAAUAUGCUUGUGGGAGUUGCUGAAGAGAUGUUGAAGCAAAAGAACCUGGAAUCGGUUAUGUUUGGUGGUAAAAAAAUCAGUGAAGAAAGUAAUUUCCAGAAGCUGGAUUGGUUAGCCGGUGAGCUUGUGCUCGAACACCAGAGAAGGAGUUGCAGAAUCGCUCCCACUGUAGCGUUCAAGCAAUCAAGCGACAGAAGAACUGUUCAGAAGACGAUCUUCAAGGAUAUUGAUUGCAUGUUUUGAAUAUAUUAUUCAUCUUCUUUUCUUAAUUUGUAUAGAUUAAUGUUUUGACUUUUGAGUUCCGAGAAGAAAGCGAAACAUCUUCUUCGAAAAGGUUUCAUUCUCGUCCAUUCUAGUAGUAUUAUCCUAAAAGGUGUGUGAUUUUUGCUCAAUAUGAUUGGAGACAAGAUAUCUUUUCGUAAUAA